GCCAUGUCAGUCUAGGAACCCGGAGUGAGUCAGCAGUCUCAGUGGAAGGCUGCUGGAUUUCAAAGACCAGGACCAGAACCAGAACCAGAGCGGAAUGGAGGAGGAGCAGCAGAAGCCGGAGCAGCGGAGCAACAAGGUCCCCAGAAGAGCAGCAGCAGGCUCGGCCUCUGAUAGCAGCGGUGUUCAGAAACGGAGAGGAAGAGGCGGACUCGGACAUCACAGCUGUCAGCACUGUGACAAGUCCUUCACAACAUCUAGAAAUUUAAAUAUUCAUCAGAGUGUUCACACUGGAGAGAAACCGUACAGCUGUGAACUAUGUGGGACAGCUUUCAGAGAGUUAAGUUUGCUCAAACGUCAUCAAUUCAUUCACACUGGAAAGAAGCCGUUCUGCUGUGAACUAUGUGGGAAAACUUUUUCUCACCGUGGUCACUUUAACGUCCACCAAGUCGUUCACACUGGAGAUAAACCAUACAGCUGUGAACAAUGCGGAGCAGCAUUCACAACAUCGGGUAAUCUUAAAGUCCAUCAACGCAUUCACACUGGAGAGAGACCAUACAGCUGUGAACAGUGCGGGGCGAAUUUCAAACAAUUAGGUGGGCUCAAAAGUCAUCAACUCACUCACACUGGAGAGAAGCCGUACAGCUGUGAACAAUGUGGGGCAGCUUUCACACAGUUAGGUGGGCUCAAAGGUCAUCAACUCCUUCACACGGGAGAGAAGCCGUACAGCUGUGACCAAUGCGGGGAAGCAUUCAUAAGGUCGGUUAAACUUAAAUCCCACCAACGCAUUCACACUGGAGAGAAGCCAUACAGCUGUGAACAAUGUGGGGCAGAUUUCACACAGUUAUCUAACUUAAAGGCCCACCGACGUGUUCACACUGGAGAAAAGCCGUACAGCUGUGAACAGUGCGGGGCAGCUUUCUCACAGCUAUCUCACUUAAAGGUCCACCGACGCAUUCAUACUGGAGAUAAACCUUACAGCUGUGAACAAUGUGGAGCAGCAUUCACAACGUCGGGUAAUCUUAAAGCCCAUCAACGCAUUCACACUGGAGAGAAACCAUACAGCUGUGACCAAUGUGGCGCAGCAUUCGCGACGACGGGUAAACUUAAAGUCCACCAACGCAUUCACACUGGAGAGAAACCAUACAGCUGUGAACAAUGCGGAGCAGCUUUCUCAGAGUUAUCUCACUUAAAGGCUCACCGACGUGUUCACGCUGAAGAGAAGCCGUUCUGGUGUGAGCAAUGUGGGAAAACUUUUUCUGAGAGUGGUCACCUUAAAACCCACCAACUCAUUCACACUGCCUCCUCUUGAACAUUUUCUAAAGCCAAGCUGUUGUUAGAGUGGAGAGAGGGAACAGAUAGCGUGAGUCAAGACGCUGUUUACUACCCAGAUAAGAAAAGAGAGCAGUCAGAGCCCAAAGUAGCCGAGGUCCAGGACCACUGCAGGCACUAACCUGCUUGAUAAAUAUGGAAGAAGAACAAAGUGGGGAAUAUGUCAGAGCACAUAACAUUGGGUAAAAGAGCAUGUAAAGAUGACAAGUGAAAAUCAGUGCUGUGAAGAACACGAUGAGUGUAACAUAACAGUUGUUUUUCAAGGAAUCAGAUUAUGAGAUAUUCAUGAUUGAAGCUUGUAGAAGAAAAUAAUUUCCCAGUUUUAGUCUCAUUUUAUCCUAAUAUCCUCUUUCUGUUCACUGAUUAAGUUGAUCAUAUUUUAACAGAUUU